AAAGGUAGUAACUUGAGUGACUUCCACUCAUUGAAAGAGUGCCAACAUACAACAUGGAUAUCUUACCUUGUGGAAAUAUAUUUAAUGAGCUUCAGAUAAUCCACGACACAGGAUAUUUCUCAGCUUUGCCGAGCUUGGAGGAAAACUGGCAACAAACACGUUUUCAAAUGGAGAGGUAUCUACAGUCCGAACCAUUGAACUACCAGACCCCUUUGCAUUCUGGUAAAGAUGGUAUUAACCCCUGGAGCAAGUUCCUUGUACCCCCUGGGGUUAAAGGGGGUCCAGGUUUAAGUGUUGAAGAUAUACAAACUGCAAGGAAAUGUUGUGGAUUGGUUAGGAACUCAUCAUCGGGCGUUGGGUCAAUGUCCUCCUGGGAUAUGUCUUCUGGUGAAGUCAGCCCUGUUCCUGGUGUUGGUUUAUCAGAUCCAUUAAAAGAUGCCUUGAAAGUGUUAAAAGCUUCCACUCUUGCAUUGGGGCUGACGCCACCCUCAAGCCCAGAGUUUGAACUCUCUUUAUGCGGCUUUGGGGAUAAAUUUAUAGAGAAAAAGAUGGACUCUAACCAGACCUUAACAUUUUCCGAAGUCGAUUUGAGUGCGUUUACCGCACAAGUUGCGCAACGUGUAGCGUCAGGUGGCGCUACACAGCGCCGAAAUCGCAUCGGUAUAAAAUCCAUCGACAGCAGUAUCAGAGUAAAGUCACAAAGCGGAGAGGAUUCAGAUAAUUGCAAGAAACGAAUUCAUAGAUGCGAUUAUCCCAACUGUAGGAAAGUCUACACCAAAAGUUCACACCUCAAGGCUCAUCAAAGAACUCAUACUGGUGAGAAGCCGUACAAAUGUAAUUGGGAAGGUUGUGAAUGGAGGUUCGCGAGAAGUGAUGAAUUGACGCGACAUUAUAGAAAGCAUACGGGUGCCAAACCAUUCAAAUGUGGACAAUGUGACAGAUGUUUUUCUCGCUCCGACCACCUCGCUCUGCAUAUGAAGAGACACGCAUAGAAAUAUUAUAAAACCAGCGCCGUGCCUGAAGAUUUCUAUGUUCAUCUUUGUCCCCCCCUUGUGGUGGGUAUGCUAUGCAUGCGAUUUCACUGUGUGAAGCUCACUGCCGCCUCUUGUGGCCACUGCGGCGACUUUUUUCGGACAUUACACCAGUAUUACCGUCGAUACCACCAACAACAAGUCCUAUUAUUGAAAUAUCUCAACAAAUUGAGGGAGUGUGGUAAAGAAUAUAGAAUAGCGUUGGGGAGUGAAAUACCAGGCGAGAAUUUCUCCCCACCCACCAGACUCAUUACAAGAUGUCUGUAUGGCUCCCCCAUCAUUUAUCUAACACUACGUGAUUAAAUAACAGCGCUAUAUCGGCGCAAAUUCCACACCAUAUAUAGAAAAACAUCUAAAAUCUCACCGAUUCUUAAACUAAACAUUAAAAUUAACUGAGUUUCUAAAAAAUAUGCACAAAUUCUACGCCAUACAUUUAAACAUUUCAACAAUUUAGCACUAAAAAUUAACUGAAUUUAAAAAAAUAUAUAUAUAAUUGAAAAAUCCUUUGAAAAAAUACCGAACUUAAAAUGUAUCCUUUGCUGCCCCUGGAUGUAUUGACUAACCAUUAUUAUUAUUAUCAUUAUCGUGUUUUAUUUUAAAUCAUAUUCAAUAUCAUUCGUUUCAGUUCCAGUUUAUAUUUUCGCGCAUUUUUCAAGUAAUAGUUGCAUUAACUUGCUUUUUUCACUAAUAUACUGUGUAAGGGGCUGAGGGCAAAGUCUCUAUGCAUUUUUUAAUGAAUAGAAAAAGUGCUUUUUUUUCACAAAAUGCCCAAUGAUGCUGCCCAAUGUUUAAUGAAUGGUUUUGCACAUAUUUUAGUACAUCAGUUAAAAAACUCGCAUUCCCGCAUUUUAUAUCUUCCCUUUUGCAAAUCGAUUGGUCAUGGUUAAUUAGUCACCAAUUAUAGACAGUUUAAAACGGAAUCAAUAAAUUUUUGAAACAUUUUUCAGAAGUCCGAAAAAAUUAUAUUUUUUUUAUUUUUCAUUUUAAAAAAUUUACAAAAAUUAAAUAUAUCUUGUUGUUGCGCUAACUUGUUUCACAAUGUUUGCAACUCUGUUUUAUUAUUUCCUUUCUAUUUCUUUGAAGCCCAUGAUGCAGUAAUGUCCAUUAUGACAUCACUAUCAGCUUUGUGAUUACUUGAUUCCCAUUGUUGCGUAAUAAUGAGGCUGUUUUUACCCAAUCAAAUCGCAGCAAUAACCUGUGUAACAAUUAAUCAACAAAUCCUAUUAUGACAUCAUUUUGCAGUUGCUACUUUUAUGCCGCAUCACAAUUACUGCUAUUAUGACACGUUACAAAUUUAUUUUCUAUUUACGUGUCUAAUGUUAAGGGGUUUCAAUGCAUGUGUUGUAUAACAUACCAUAGGCGCCAAACUUGGGGUGGCAAGGUGGGCAGGUCAACCCCCAAAAUUUUCCACAUUAAGCAAAAAACAUUGCAACCAAAUUUGUUUUUAAAUUUGUCCUUUUUAGCCUCCCUUGCAUUUCCUAAAGUUUGGUGCCUAUGUGAAGCAUAAUGCAUAUUAUUUACUAACUGUGAUAAUGCUAAUGAAUUGUAAGCCGUGAUCAUAAGGUGCGCAAUACAAAACUACCGUUGCAAAUUUCUCUUCAUAUCUGCACAGUUUUAUGUGGGCACUUUCUUCAUUACCUUAUAUGGUGUAGUGAGAAUUGUACUCUUCAUUGGUCGUGAUUGGUCGCACUACUUGGCGUUAUAAAUACUUUGGUUGGGCACGUAGGAAGUUACGUCACAGAACGCAGGAAAUUAUUAUGAUUUCAAAUCCUGUUCAAAAUAUUGCGCUCGCUCGCGCCAUCUAGCGGUUGUUUUUUUUUUUUAAUUUGUUCCUUUAAAGAAAAAUGUUUGUUAAAAGUUAUUUUUGUCCUAAUUUUAAAUCAUUUUUUGUGUUAAAUUGUUCCAUUAACGAUACAAUGCGUAAAUUGAAAUAAUUUUGACGCAAAU